UCUACACAUCCAAAUGUUUCUAUUUCUACCUAUGGCGUCAUCUUCAACAGGACUAUAUUAUUUUACACAAACAAGGAUUACUCUACACGGUACCAGAACAAUCUUCAAGCGGUUUGUAAAGUCACACACCAACCCUUUCUAUACUUAUCCUUCACCAUCACAUUCACAGAAUCCUCUUUCAGUUAUUAACUUCACGCCAAUAAAAAAAUUUCACUCUCAACCUACUGUUCACGCCAAGAAUCUGCGUAAUUGCUGGUCUGGAAGUAGUAAAAGUGAUCGAUCAGAAACUGGGGCUAAAAUGACUGUCACAGCCAUUCCAUGCAUUAAAGACCGUUCUCUUAUGAUCAAUGGGAAAGUUUUGUUGUCUGGAGUUCCGUCAGAAGUCACUGUUUAUCCUUUAACUGCUGCUGGUUCUUCAUCCUGUUCAUCUGCUGCUUUUCUUGGUGCAAGUUCAUGUGUACCCAGUUCGAGACAUGUUUUCUCUCUUGGAGUUCUUCAGGAAUGCAAGUUUUUGUGUCUCUUCAGACACAAAAUUUGGUGGAUGAUACCACGUGUUGGGAAAUCGGGAAGUGAAAUCCCAAUCGAAACUCAGAUGCUUCUGUUGGAAGUGAAGGAAGAGUCUGCAGUAUAUGAUGUUGAUUCUGCACGACAAUCUUUGGACAACACUUUCUAUAUCUUGUUAUUGCCCUUACUGGAAGGACAAUUCAGAGCAUCCUUGCUAGGGACGCCUGCAAAUGAGCUUGAGCUCUGCGUUGAAAGUGGGGAUGCUUAUGUCCAAACUACUCGGGUAUCAGAAGCAGUCCUCAUAAAUUCUGGGGAGGACCCAUUUGAACUCAUCAAGAACUCCUUCAAGAUACUCGAGAAGCACAUGGGUACUUUUACUCAUAUUGAACACAAAAAGAAACCUGUACAUUUAGACUGGUUUGGAUGGUGCACGUGGGAUGCUUUCUAUAAAGACGUUAAUCCACGGGGAAUUAAAGAAGGUCUUGAAAGAUUUAUAGAAGGAGGUUGCCCUCCGAAGUUCUUGAUAAUUGAUGACGGAUGGCAAGAUACAUUUAACGAAUUCCAGAAGGAGGGGGAACCAUUUAUUCGAGGAACAGAGUUUGCUAGUAGAUUAAUGGACAUCAAGGAAAACAGCAAGUUUUUAGGCUUAGGAGCAGACUUGUGCACUGAUCUGCACGAGUUUGUGGAAUUCAUUAAAGAAAAAUAUGGACUGAAGUAUGAUUUAGUUUUGAAAGUUGUUUUCUUCGCAAUGGUUUCCUUGCUGAAAACUUUUAACAUUAUUGAUUCAUGUAGAUUUGUUUACGUUUGGCAUGCCUUGGUUGGUUAUUGGGGAGGACUCUCUCCAUCAUCAGAGAAAAUGAAAAAGUACAAUCCAAAGAUAUCAUAUCCUGUACAGUCUCCCGGCAAUGUUGGAAAUCUUCGAGAUAUAGCCAUGGAAAGUUUGGAAAAAUACGGAAUCGGCUUAGUCGAUCCACAGAAAAUUUAUGACUUCUAUAUUGAUCUCCAUAGCUACCUCUCACAUUGUGGUAUUGACGGAGUCAAGGUGGACGUCCAAAAUGUCAUAGAGGCACUAGGCACGGGCUAUGGUGGACGAGUCGUCCUCACUAGAAAAUAUCAAGAAGCACUCGAGGAUUCCGUCGCAAGAAAUUUUAAAGAAAAUAAUGUGAUUUGCUGCAUGUGUCACAACUCUGACUCCAUUUACAGCUCAAAGAGAUGUGCAACUGCAAGAGCAUCAGAAGAUUUCAUGCCGUGGGAACCUAUGUAUCAGACUUUACAUAUUGCUUCAGUGGCUUAUAAUAGCCUUCUUCUAGGGGAGAUUACGGUGCCAGAUUGGGACAUGUUUCAGAGCCAUCAUAACACAGCUGAGUUCCACGGUGCAGCACGAGCAGUGGGUGGAUGUGCAGUGUACGCUAGUGACAAGGCGACCGAACACGACUUUAAAUUACUCAAGAAGUUGGUGUUGCCUGAUGGCUCAAUCUUGAGAGCUAAAUAUGCUGGUCGGCCUACUCAGGAUUGCUUGUUUGUCGACCCGGUAAUGGAUGGGAAAAGCUUACUGAAAAUUUGGAACUUAAAUAAGUUGUCUGGAGUGAUUGGUGUUUUCAACUGCCAAGGGGCUGGAAAGUGGCCACUGAAAGAGGGAUCGAAAAACGUGUUUAAAUCUCUCGUCUUAUCGGGCCAUGUGAGUCCUCUUGACGUUCAUUUCCUUGGUGAAGUUGCUGGUGAAAAUUGGAGCGGAGAUUGUGCUGUCUAUGCUUUCCAUUCCGGAUCUCUUUCUAAAACUCCGAAAGAAGGUAGGCUCGAAGUGUCCCUGCUUACCCUUGAAUGCGAAAUAUUUACCAUCUCUCCAAUACGGAUUUUGAAUGAAAAUAUUCACUUAGCCCCGCUGGGAUUGAUUGAUAUGUACAACUCUGGGGGUGCGACUGAAAAUCUAUCCUGUCCGGAUUCUUCGGGAUGCAAAGUAAGAGUUGAUGUACGAGGUUGUGGCCGUUUUGGAGCCUAUUCUAGCAGGAAACCGAGCUAUUGCACUGUAGACGGGAAGAAAGAAGAAUUUACAUAUGAUGUCGAUAAUGGGUUACUGAUAGUUAAACUAGGAAGUGAAUGCAAUGUCAAGGUGAUAUACGUUUGGUAUUAAACCAAUUUGAAAAAUAUUUUUAACUUUGAUAGAAUUCUACAUUAAGGUGGUUACCCGCAGUUUGGACUGUUCUUUUUGGUAUUGUGUAUUUGUGUUGUCAUGCAUUGUAUUUGUAUUCCGUUCUCUUCUCUAAUUUCUUUCUUGUAUUUGUUAUGUAAUGGAUAUGAGGUUCGACUAUUGAUAAGAAUUGUUGUAUUGUAACUAUUCUUUCUUGUUGAGUGA